CACUUGGGGGUUGACUUGACUUGACUUGACUUAACACGCACUCAAAUUAAUGGGGCAUGGGUAUGAAUGGGAAGAAAUUUUGCUGCAAAAUUUCCAAUGUUACUGUUUAUAUUAAGUGGAUUGGAGAAACGUUUCCUCCACGGGAGAAAAAUGAAAAUCAUUUUGAUUAUAAAUACACAUUGCAAAUCAACCAAAACAAUCUACAACAAAAAUGGAACCACCCCCAAUCCGCCAUACCCUUACCUCCUCUCUACUCUUCUCCUUCUUCAUCUUCCUCUUCCAUCACUCUGCCGCUCAACCCCCCGACGCCGACGGCUACACCUGCUCCACCAAUCAGACUGCCGACCCAUGUCAGGCCUACGUCUUCUACCGCGCCGCCGCCCCCGGUUUUCUCGACUUGGCUACCAUUGCUGACCUCUUCUGGGUUAGCCGCCUCCAAAUUUCCCGCCCAAGCAAUAUCUCUGACUCCAACGCCACUUUCCCUCUCCUCUCCGGCCAGCCACUCUUCAUUCCUAUCAACUGCUCUUGCAAGUCCGUUAAUGCUUCUGUCAGCAUCUCUUAUGCUAAUCUCUCCUACAAAAUCAACCAUGGCGAUAACUUCUGGCAAGUCUCCACCUUUAAGUUUCAGAAUCUUACCACUUACCAAUCAGUCGAAGUCGUCAAUCCCACUCUCGUCGCGGUCGAUCUCCCCAUCGGUGUCGACGUCGUUUUCCCCAUCUUUUGCAAGUGUCCCACUCACACGCAAUCCCAAAAUCGUGUUAAUUUCAUGGUCUCUUACGUGAUUCAGCCCACCGAUUCUCUGCCUUCGAUAGCUUCGAGAUUUGGGGUAGAGACGUCGGAUAUCACAGACGCGAAUCGGCCCAACCCGGAGCCGUUCGAGACGAUUUUCAUCCCGGUGAGUCGUCUGCCCAAUUUGACGCAGCCCAUUGUGGUGUCGCCGUCUCCAGAGCAGGCCCCGGUCCCAGUGGUGGAGGGGAGAAACAGAGCAGUGACAGGGCUGACCAUUGGGAUUGGGAUUGUGGGGUUUCUGCUGAUCGUGGUGGUGGGUUUGUGGGUUUGUGGAGUGGGGAAGAGGAGGAGUAAGGAAAGGGAAAUGGAGGAGGGAGUUGAGAAACAGAGAGUGCAGGACAUUGGGGUUUGGAUGGGGAAGGAGAAAGGGAAGCAAAUGGAGGUGGAUUUAAUGGCGGAUGUGUCGGAUUGUUUGGAUAAAUACAGAGUGUUCAAAAUUGAGGAGCUGAAUGAGGCGACAGAUGGGUUCAGCGAGAGUAGCUUGAUCCAAGGGUCGGUUUAUAAGGGGAGCAUCGACGGAGUUGAGUACGCUAUCAAGAAGAUGAAGUGGAAUGCCUAUGAACAGCUCAAGAUCUUGCAGAAGAUAAACCAUGGUAAUCUAGUGAAGCUCGAAGGGUUUUGCAUUGACCCUGAAGAUGCUACCUGCUACCUAAUUUAUGAACAUGUAGAGAAUGGUUCUCUUUAUUCAUGGCUACACGGAAGCCAAAGGCAGAAGCUGAACUGGAGAACGAGAUUGAGGAUUGUCAUUGAUGUCGCUAACGGGCUACUUUACAUCCACGAGCACACGAGGCCGCAAGUCGUGCACAAAGACAUAAAAAGCAGCAACAUUCUGUUGGAUGCAAGCAUGAGGGCUAAGAUAGCCAACUUUGGGCUGGCAAAGUCGGGGUACAAUGCCAUAACCAUGCACAUUGUUGGAACUCAAGGCUAUAUAGCACCCGAAUACAUAGCGGAUGGAGUGGUGUCGACAAAGAUGGACAUCUUCUCAUUCGGAGUUAUUCUGCUCGAGCUGAUCUCUGGGAAGGAGGCCAUUGACGACGAAGGAGGGGUUCUAUGGAUGAGAGCGAGUACUGGAUUUUCGGAAGGAAAGGAGAAGUUGGAAAGGUUGAGGAGUUGGGUUGAUGAAGCGCUUUUCGAGCAAUCGUGUCCAAUGGAGAGUGUGAUGGAUGUGAUGAAUGUGGCUGUUAGUUGCUUGCAGAAGGACCCUACGAAGAGGCCGAGCAUGGUCGAGGUGGUUUAUGCGCUAAGCAAGAGCGACGAUGCUGUGUUCGAGUUCUCUGAUGAUACUUUAUCAGAUCCUCCCUUAGCUGCUAGGUAGCCAAAGCCGUUGCCUACUAUACAAAGGGACAAGCAUAUGCAAUAUACACAAUAUUAGAAGCUUUAAGAGUACAAGUUUUUUUUAUCUGCCUCCCUUGAAUGAAGGCAGUUUGAGAGUGAGAUAAGAUAGAUGGCAUGUAGAUUAGUAAAGGAGUGACACCAAAAUCAUCCGGCUUAAUAAGCGGCAAUAAAAUGGCUAAAGCACCACAACUUUAGAACCA